GCCGAGCCGAGCCGAGCCGAGCCGAGCCGAGCGAAACCGAACCGAACCGAACGGAGCCGAGGCGAACCGAAACAGGCCGAACCUAACGGAGCCGAGCCGAACGGAGCCGAUCCAUCCGUUGAGUGUUUAUAGGAGGCUGCUGAAGAUGGGAGGCGCGGUGAGUGCGGGAGAAGAUAACGAUGAAUUAAUUGAUAACCUGAAGGAGGCCCAGUACAUCAGGACAGAGCUGGUGGAACAGGCAUUCCGAGCCAUUGAUCGGGCAGAUUACUACCUUGAGGAGUUCAAAGACAAUGCCUACAAGGACUUGGCAUGGAAGCAUGGAAACAUUCAUCUCUCAGCACCGUGCAUUUACUCAGAGGUGAUGGAAGCUUUGGACCUGCAACCAGGGCUGUCGUUUCUGAACCUUGGCAGUGGCACUGGUUAUCUGAGUUCCAUGGUUGGACUCAUCCUGGGUCCUUUUGGGGUUAACCACGGUGUGGAGCUUCACUCUGACGUGAUCGAGUACGCCAAGCAGAAAUUGGACUUUUUCAUUAAAACAAGCGACAGCUUUGACAAGUUUGAAUUUUGUGAGCCAUCCUUUGUCAUUGGCAAUUGUUUAGAGAUUUCUCCAGACUGCACUCAGUAUGACCGUGUUUACUGUGGUGCUGGAGUCCAGAAGGAGCACGAGGACUACAUGAAGAACCUGUUGAAAGUUGGAGGAAUUCUUGUCAUGCCUCUAGAAGAGAAGUUGACUAAGAUAACUCGGACUGGUCCUUCUGCCUGGGAGACAAAGAAGAUUCUUGCUGUUUCUUUUGCACCUUUGAUUCAGCCAAACCACGCAGAUUCAGGAAAAUCGAGGCUCGUUCACUUGCCCCCCGUGGCCGUUCGCAGCCUGCAGGACCUGGCUCGCAUUGCCAUCCGAGGCACCAUCAAGAAAAUCAUCCAUCAGGAGGCGAUGAGCAGAGCUGGGAACGGGCUGAAGAGCCCCCCCAGGUUCAAACGGAGGCGGGUGCGGCGCCGGCGCAUGGAAACCAUCGUGUUCCUGGACAAGGAGGUGUUCGCCAGCCGCAUCUCCAACCCCUCGGACGACAACAACAACAGCGAGGACAUGGAGGAGGAGAGGCCUGAGGAGGAGGAAACCAAACCCUCUGAACUAAAGCCAGACCCUCCUGUAAACUUUCUGAGAGAAAAGGUCUUGAGCCUGCCUUUGCCUGAUCCCUUGAAGUAUUACUUGCUUUAUUACAGGGAAAAGUAGUUUUCCUUCUUCUAGAAAUUGGAAAGUAGGCAGAGAAUAAAAUAUUCCUUAGGGCUUGACAAACAUGUCCCACUUGCUUGCCUGCAAAUGUGACACCCGAGGCAGUAGGCUGGCUGGGGAAUGUGGCUGCUGUAAACUUUGACAUUAUAGCUUUUUUGAGUUCCUUCUUUCUUCUCAGUUGUGUGCUAUAGUUUUAUCCUACAGCAGGGAUUCCUUAGGAAGCAAGUUGGUGAAGUGCUCAGCUGCUUAUGGAAGGGAGGAUUUAAUUCCCUCAAAACUAACUGCAGGAGAUACUCCUAAAAAUCUCAUGGCUGCUCUACCGAAUAUCAGUUGGGAAAAACUCCUAGGCAGUUCCCCAAAGACCUUUCCUGUCUGUGCUCUCUCCCACUAAACCUGCUAUGUAUGUGCCAUGGUGUGUGUUUAACGGAGGAUGAAGAUUAUUAGUUGAAACCUGACCUGGCAAAUCACAUUUCUUCCAGUAAUCUGAAAAGCACAACUUUUACAGAAAGGAAAGAAUUUUUGGCAUUACCCUUGUGGCAUCCAGGUUUUGAAUGAGAAGGAAAGCAUCAGCUCCCCUUUGGUUGGUCUGUUUUGCCUGUAAAUUAUAUAUAAUUUUUCAGUAAAAAGUGUUUUACAAAAUAGUGGUUUUUUUAGUGGAAAAUACCUGUUCCAGAGAAGGAGUUUUUGUGGGUUUUUUUUAAGCAGUGGAGGCAAGUGAGGAAUUGCAAAGCUUGACAGGAUGCAAGGGUAGUCACUGUUGUCUCUGGAAAUGUUUACAGAGUAAUUCUGAGUAGGGAAGAGGGUAGAGAAGAGCUGCAGAGCAGUGAGUUUGCACAGCUGAAGGCAGCAUCCGUGGGUUUUGCUGUUGUGUGAGGUAACCCAGAUCAUCUGGGCUGAGCAGAGUGAGGUGUAGAGCACCAGUCUGAGCAGUAAAUCAGUCAAACAGAGUUUUGUAGAGGGUCUGCAGAACCUGAGAGCAGUCCAGAGAUGCAGCGUUCAGGUGUUGCUGUGUGUGUGCCCCUGCUGUGGCAGGUGGCCACAAUACAACUUGUUCACUGUUCCACAGUGGCGUGAGGCUGCUCAGCACAGUAAGUGAUUUUAUUCCUGCAGCAAUGAAGUAGAAAUUUUAAGAGGUUCAUAUGGAAGGACUUGGCACUCUGCAGUUCUGUGGAUGUGAGCUGAAAUUUUUAUUCCCAAAUCUCUCUGUCAUGGUGAUGUAAGGAGAUGCCGUAGAAUCGUAGGAUCACAGAACGGUUUGGGUUGGAAAGGACCUUAAGGACCAUCUUGUUCCAAUCCCCUGCCAUGUACAGGGGCACCUUCCACUAGGCCAGGUUGCUCCCAGCCCCAUCCAGCCUGGCCUUGAGCACUUCCAGAAAUGGGGAGUCCACAAUGUAUGUGGAUGAUAAAAUACUGUGUUUAGAAGAGGUUUACUUGGUUCAGCCUGUUCGGUAAAUGUACCUAAAACCUAAAAAUGGUAAAGGCUGGAAAGGAACCCUGGAGUUUGUGUUGAUGUGAAAUAGUCCUGAAGCUGGGGGGCAUGAAAAGCUCUCUCAGCAGGUAAUGAGGCUGUUUUAAGGUAUUGCCCCAUCAGAAGCUCUUAAGUUGGUAUCACUUGGAUAUUUUUCAGUUUUUUUAAUGUGUGCUGUCUCUUCAUUUUCUGAGGAGGAACGAGUGAAGACUGUAUUGCCAAAUGGUCCUGAGUUGCACAACUUGCUUCAUGAAAAACAGUUUCAAAGUUCUGUGUGGCUUUGAAAAUAAAUGAAUAACUUGUAUGUCUAAGCUGAGGUGGAGAACUUUUCCUUGCUUAACAGGAUUUUUGUGUCUCUUUGGGAAUAUUGUCUGAUAAUCCUGUAUCAUGUGGCUGCUGGCCUGUAACACAGUCACAGGCUGGGUUUUGCCUUUGGUUUCCUGUCUCCACUUCUGGUCUCAAUGGUAGCCCAAGUUACCUUGUUGCCUUGGAUUUUGAUUUCUUUAUUUGCAGUGGGGCAGUUGUUGUGGCCACUGAGCUGAUGGUUUCCUGUAAAAGUGCACGUCCCCAUCGUUGGAUUCUGGCAACUCCCAUAAACUUCUUUCUACAAAUGCAAGUCCUGAAUGUGGUGGUAAAUAGAGGGUUAAUGGAAUAUGUGUGUAGUUAUUCUCAGUGCUUCCCUACAGGCUGUGGCCUCUUAUUUGUUGGAAAAUUCUGCUUGAUGGGUGUCAUGCCAGGUAUGUGCCUUUCUGCAUUGUGGCACAAUUUCCACACCCCUCCAUAGUCCAGGGUGCCUCCUGCUUUUGGCUACCAGGUCAUCCUUCAGUUUAAUCACAACAUUUCUAAAGAAGUUGCUUUAAAAAUGACAUUAAACUUCAGGUUCCUGUUAGUAAGCCUUGCAGAGAUUCUGUUAAAGCUGACCAGUUGAGGGAGGAUUAUCUUUCAUUUAUCCCUUGUUAGGUUUUUAUCCCCAUCCCAGCCCCAGCUGUAAAAGGUAUUUUAUCAGAUUUUUCACCAGAUUUGCCUUUUUUAUUACAUUUGCUAGAUUUUUGUAGCUUUCUAUAAGAUGCAUAAAUACUGCUAUUUUUUUCCUGGAUAAGGUUGAAUAAAUAAAUAAAUAAAUAUAUAUAUAUAUACAGGAAAUUUAUGUUCUAGGUUGUCAGAUUGUCCCCUUAUCAAAAAAAAAAACAACUCCACAGAUCUAAACAGAUAGUAGAAAUUUUAUGUAUAAUGUAACUCUGAAAUAGUAUUGCUUAUGGCCUGUAAAUAAAAGGCAAUUGUAAAUACAUUUUCCCUGUGCACAAGCAAUUGCACUGUUGUUUUGUAGCCAUUUCUAAUAGAGGGAUUGAGGCAGAGCGGGGUUUGUAUGGAUCUGUGAGCUGUCCAGGAAUUGUACCUGCUUUGUUUCCUUUUGUGUUCUCAGUAGUUGUCACUUUUUUUUUUUUUGUAUGUGACUCCUUUUAGGUUUUGAUCCUGCAGCAAAUUUGCAAAAAGAACUGAACUUCAAGCUGCUUUAGUCAUGAGUGUGUAAGCUGAAAAAAAUCUGUGUAAAAACGAGUUCAGUUGGCCUGAGGCAUGCAAUUUAAACUUCAUUAAUAAGUGUUUCUGUAUCAAUAAAUUCAGUAAAGACUUUUUAGCCUUUUUAACGUG